ACCUCCGGCCGGCAGAUGGCAAAUUGUCGUCACAGCCAUCCGUGUGAUGCAGCAAAAUCCGGUGUCUGCACAGUAACAGCUACAGUUCGUGGCUGAACUCGACACUAACAGUCAUGGCGCAGAAUAUGAUGCUUUACUGGGGCUCGGGCUCUCCGCCGUGCUGGAGGGUCAUGAUCGCGCUGGAGGAGAAGAAGCUGCAGGGAUACAAACACAAACAUCUGUCGUUUGACAAGAAUGAGCACCAGUGUGCAGAAGUGAAGGCUCUCAAUCCCAGAGUUCAGCUUCCAACUUUCAAGCACGGAGACCUCAUCGUGAACGAGUCUUUCGCCGCGUGUCUGUAUCUGGAGAGUGCGUUCAAGUCUCAAGGAACCCGUCUGAUCCCAGAUGAUCCAGCUGAACAGGCGCUCGUCUACCAGCGGAUGUUUGAGACCAACAACCUGCAGCAGAAAAUGUAUGACGUGGCCUUCUAUGAGUAUUACGUUCCUGAAGGAGAGCAACUCGAAUCGGCCCUGAAGAGGAAUAAAGAGAAUUUAGUAACCGAGCUGAAACUGUGGGACGGAUACUUGGAGAAGAUGGGUAAAGGGUCGUACCUCGCCGGCAAGAACUUCACCAUGGCGGACGUGGUUUGUUUCCCCGUCAUCGCAUAUUUCCCACGACUUCACUGUCCUAAAGACAGAUGUCCUCGACUGAUGGAGUAUUACGAAAUGCUGAAGGAUCGUCCCAGUAUUAAAGCCAGCUGGCCUCCGGAAUGGCUUGAAGAUCCUGUUGGUCAGGACACGCUGAAGAACCUGUGAGGAACACGAGACGUCCCCAACACCGCUGGAUCACAUCAAUAAUCAGCUCUGAUGUAUUCAGUUAUUGUCUAUGCAAUUUCCUAAUGUUUCAGAAGAAUCAUUCUCUCUUACUAAUCAGUUUACACCUACAGCUAUUAAAUCACAACUCUCGUCUUGUUUACAUUGUGGCACUUUUAAUAUGUCUGACGUUUCUAGCAUUUUUUCUGUCACUUAUCUUUGAUACAGCAGACCGCUUAAUCUGUGCACUUUAUUUUGAACAAUUUCUAAAGAUGAAGCUCAUUGUUAUUGUCUGUAAUAGAAGAAGAUUAACAUGUUGUUUGGGAUUAAUAAAGUUUUGUCCUGUUCAAUCAA